AUGAAAGUAAUAUUCCGGGGCGGCCUUGAGGAUAAUGUAAACUCUGAAACCUUGCUGGUUGACAUAGAUGAGUUAAAGAAUAAUUUAGAGAAAUUUGAACCAUGCGAAAUUGUAGUAAAAGACUUAAUAUACUACAUAGAAAGAAACCACUUAAAAAGAGACUAUAAGCACUUUUCAACAAAUGGAGAGCUAGAGGGGGGCAUUUUGUGCAUAAUAAAUGAGGUAGACUGGGACAUUUUAAAUGAGCAGAACACAGUACUAAAUAACAAUGAUACAAUUCAUUUUAUAACAACCCUUCAUGGUGGAUAAACAGUUAUUAUAAGCACACUCCUAAACCAC